CUUUUAAAAAAAAAACAGAAUUAAACGCUCUUUUAGUCUUGUCACUAGUCAAUAUUAAAUAUUUUCUUCUUGUUGUCUUUUUAUUAAUACUUCUCCUGAUUAACUACUAUACUAUAUAUAAUAUCGUCCUCUUUCUAGCAAACAUAAUCCACCACCAAAAAAACACAAUUUUAAUUUCUCAUCCUUUCUCAGCUUUAUAUAUUAAUUAAAGUUAAUUUUUUUGUUUAUAUCAAAAGCAAAAAAUGGGAGUUUCAGGUACACUGGAAUACUUAUCUGAAGUACUUAGCAACGUUAAGAAGAGCAAGAAAAAGAAACAAAUCGCAACUGUGUCCAUCAAGAUUAGAAUGGACUGUGAAGGUUGUGCUCGUAAAGUUAAAAAUGCUCUCUCUAAAGUAAAAGGUGCAAAAUCAGUGGAUGUGGACUUAAAGCAACAAAAAGCAACGGUAACAGGAUUUGUGGAGCCAAAAAAAGUGUUGAAGGCAGCAAAAUCGACUGGUAAAAAAUGUGAAAUUUGGCCAUAUGUGCCUUAUAGUAUGGUGGCACAUCCUUAUGCUGCUGGUGUUUACGACAAAAAAGCACCUCCUAAUUUUGUAAGGGCAACUACUGAUCCAUCUGUUGCUCACUUAAAUCCUGUUGAAGAACAAUAUUCACUUAUGUUUAGUGAUGAAAAUCCAAAUGCUUGUAAUAUUAUGUAGUAGUACUUGAUUAUUAGUAUAGUUUUUUUUCCCUUUAUUAUAAAGUAUACUUGAUCCUUUGUGUGUAUUUUUAUUGUACUGUAUAAAGAAUUUUGAUUUGUGAAUUAAAA